GAUUCGGUCCGGGCUGGCCUACCGGGCGCGAUCCGGAAUAGUCAGCCCGUUAGGCACCACACCACCAGAAAUCUAUCACAUGCUUUGCGGACCACCAUAAUAAUAACGAAUGUAUACUUGAAUAAUGCAGCAUUAAAUUAAACAUAUAAAUAAAUAGGAGAGAGAAGGAGAAAAAAGAGGAGAGAGAGAGAGAGAUUAAAGAUAAACCAUAAACGCAGCACUCAUUUCGCCCCACGAACCAGCCUUCAUUUUAGUGCCUCACCAAACUGAACCCAUAACUUUAUUUUCUCUUUAUUCAGACCACCCAGCGUCCUUCAAAUUCUUAUCUUCGUCGUGUUCUUCUUCUCUGCUUCUGCUGUUGAUUCUUGUUCUCUCUUAGGUUGGAAUCGGUUGUUAGAAAUGGAGGGCAUCGAUGUUAGAGCGUUCAAACCCAGUUUGCGCGGAGAGAUAUCAAUGAAAUCGACCCAGCAAGUGUUCUUCGAGGACGUGCUCUGUUUGAACGGAGCUAAUGUCGUUUCCGGCGACGACUUUUCGGUGGAUGAUCUUCUCGACCUCUCUAAUGAGAAAUUUGGAGAUGGGUUCGUCGAAGAUGAAGAAGAAGAGGAGGAAGAAGAAAAGGACUCUCUCUCUGUUUCUUCUCAGGACCGUGCAGAGGACGAUAACUCCAAUUCUAGCAGUUUCUCCGGCGCCAGCGACGAAUUUGAGGCUUUUCCUGCAGUUCCGGUUGAGGAUUGGAAGGACCUCGAGUGGGUCUCCCAAUUCGUGGACGAUUCUGUGUCGGAGUUCUCUCUGCUGUGCCCCGCGGGCACCGGGAAAGAGAUAAUCAGCGGCCGUGUCGAGAACCGGUCCGAACCGGAACUCAAACCGGCUAUACGGAGACUUGCAUGUUUUCCUUCGACAGUUCCGGUCAAACCUAGAAGCAAACGGUCCAGAGCGACGGGUCGGACGUGGGCACUUGCGUCGCCCCCCCUGACGGAGUCGUCUUUGACGUCUUCGUUGUCAUCUCCUUCUUCAACGCUGUGUCUCAUCUUGACCAAAUCACCCCAGAACAUGGACUUCUUCUGCAGUCUUGGGAAGCCGCCGACAAAGAAGCAGAAGAGGAAGCUGGUGCCAGCGCAGUGUUCCGGCGGUACCCAGUCCCAGCAGCGCCGGUGCAGCCAUUGCCAGGUUCAGAAGACCCCGCAGUGGCGAACCGGACCGUUGGGUGCCAAAACGCUGUGCAAUGCUUGUGGGGUUCGGUACAAGUCCGGUCGGCUGUUCCCGGAGUAUAGGCCGGCUUGUAGUCCAACUUUUUCGGGAGAUGUCCACUCCAAUAGCCACAGGAAGGUUUUGGAGAUGAGGCGCAAGAAGGAGAUGGCUGGGCCGGAGCCCGGUUUAACUCCAAUUGUUUCUAGUUGCUGAAGAACCUGACAUCCAUGGGCGGGUUCAGUGACGAACCGGAGUGCAGUGGCUUGGAGUUUGGGCUUGGUCAGGAAGGAUCCGGUCCAAAUGUACAAUUUUUGAUAGCUUUGGGGACUUUUGGAUUAUUGUAGCCUGGUAAGCCUUGUUGUAGCAAUUAGCAAAUUGUAACCGAUUUUAGGGGUUGGGUUAAUUUUUUAUUUUUACUUUAAAAUUUUUUUAACCAUUUGUUAUUUGCAUGCUUAAAGAGGGGAGCUUGUUCUAACUUUUAUUUUUCUAUAUCAGACUAUCAUUAAUAUUAAAGGGGAGGAGUUUUUCUUUUGACAUUCAGAAA